CCCACUGGCCGGAAUUUUGUCUUUCAAAAAAAAAAACAAUUGUGUUGGGAAGCACUGGACUGGAGCAGUCAGCAAAGCAAGCGGCACAGGCAUCGUCAGAUCUUUUGCCUGUCGGCUGCCGCUGCCUGCUGUUUCUCUCGAGGCAUUCACAGAGCAGGGGAGUGCGGACUGCGGAGUGACCGAGGACGCUCGUCAACCAUGGAAGCGGCGGCGGCGAGCUCGGUUGGGGCCGGAUUCGGACCCCAGCUGCGUCCCGCCCUCGGAUUCAGGCACAGCCAGCGCCGCGCCCCUUCUUGUCCGUGCCUGCGCCCGCUCCGGCCGGCCGCGCGCCUCCUCUGCGGCGGCGGGGGAGCCCGUCCCCGCGGUACCAUCGCCGCCGCGUCUGCCGGCCAGCGGCGGCAACUGGGACAACUCGAGGCGGAGGCGGAAGCCGGCUCGGCCCUGAGUCCUCCGAGGAGCAGCACCCACGAGGUGAGGGAGGAGAUGACGCGGUGCUUCGACCUCGUCCGCCGCCUCGGCAGGGGCGCCGUCUACCUCGGCUCCUCCAGGGUCCCGCCCACGCACCCGCACUUCCUCCAGACCACCGAGCUCGCCAGAGAGAUAGCUCGGCUGCUUGACUGCACCACAUGGACCGGAGCCGGACCUGGCCUCAUGGAUGCCGCCAUCCAAGGUGCCAUUGAGGCAGACAAGCCGAUUGGUGGCCUCAAGAUCGCCAAGGAGGCUGGUGAAUGGACAAGCUCAGGCUUCCAUCCUUACCUGCCUUCAGAGACCUACCUCACCUGCAGGUUCUUCUCGGCAAGGAAGCACGGACUGGUGGAUGCUGCUGUGCGGAGCAGCCCUUCUGACAGAACUGCUGUUAUCGCAUUACCGGGUGGGAUUGGGACACUAGACGAGCUGUUUGAGAUCAUGGCUCUGAUCCAACUGGAGCGGAUUGGAUCGGAACUCCCAGUCCCAUUCUUGCUCCUCAACUAUGACUCUUAUUACUCCAAGCUGCUGGACUUCCUGAAUGACUGCCAGGACUGGGGCACUGUGGCUCCAGGGGAAGUGGCAGCGCUUUGGAAGGUUUGUGAUGGGAAUUAUGAAGCUCUGGAGUACCUAGCAGAGUUCUACAAUGUUCCUGCUGCCGAGAGAAAUUACCAAAUAUCACCACAGUUGAAGCAGCACAGAACUUCAUAUGCCAUGAGUUGAUGUUGGAAGCUUUUUCAUCAUAUUUAUCUUUUCUACUUGGCCCCCUUGGAAGCAACAUUUUGUAACAAGGUGGUGAUGAAUGUAUGUGAUUAUUGUCUUUGUUUGACCAGAAAGCAUACUAUUUUCUCUCCACAGGUUGAUGUUAGAAGCUUUUUCAGCAAUAGUUAUCUUUUCUUCUUGGCCCCCUUGGAUGCAACAUUUUGUAACAACGGUGGUGAUGAAUGCAUGUGAUUAUUGCCUUU